UCCACUUUCUCAGUUCUCAAACUCUCUAGAAUGGAGGAUUUGGGGAGAGGGGGCCCUUCUGGUCUGGAACUCACCAUCGCUGUCCCCGGGAUGAGUUCCUCAUCCGGUUCUGAAGGUGGUGUUGGUGUAGGAGGAGGGUGUAUCAUGAGAGAUCUUGACAUGAACUACCCACCGGCAGCGGAGAUGGAAGAAGAGUACCCGAUGGGAAGCGUGGAAGAUGAGGAUGAAGGUGGCUGCGGAGGUGGCGGCAGGCCAAAGAAGCUCCGCCUCUCUAAAGAGCAGUCCAGGCUUCUUGAAGAGAGCUUCAGACAAAACCAUACUCUCAACCCUAAACAGAAGGAAGCUCUAGCCACGAGGCUGAAGCUUAGGCCACGCCAAGUGGAAGUCUGGUUUCAAAACCGUAGAGCAAGAACAAAGUUGAAGCAAACGGAGAUGGAGUGUGAGUACUUGAAACGGUGGUUUGGAUCACUGACGGAGGAGAACAGGAGGCUGCAGAGGGAGGUAGAGGAGCUCCGAGCGCUGCGCAUGGCGCCACCGACCGUGCUGUCGCCGCACACGCGAGAACCGAUGCCGGCAUCGGCGCUGACUAUGUGCCCGCGCUGCGAGCGUGUGACCACGGCCAGUGGUUCCAGCCAGCGCCACCAUGCUGUUCGGCCGGGCGUUGCGGCGUUUCAGCGUUCUCCGGCGUCGCCGUUUCAGCCACGCCAGCCUUCCGCCGCGUGCUAAAAAGCAGUGUGCCUAUAAAUAAAGACAAAAAAUGGACGAGUGGGAGAAAUGUGGCUUGUUUAAUUAAUGGGGUUUGGAAUUGGAACUUAUUGAAUUGGUUACCUAGCUAGUUAGGUACUAGCUUGCUAGCUUCUUAAGUGUUAUGGUAUGGACGUCUUGCCAUGUCCCAUCUUGACUAGGUAUACUAUUAUCGUCCAUGGAGAAGUUAAAACUCAAUUAUGUAGAUGAUGGCAGAUAUGUUUAUUUAAUGUUAAGCUAGUUGCCUAUAUAUAUAUAUAUAUAUAUAUUCAAAGGUUAUUAAUGCAAAAUU